AUGCGUCCGACAAAGCUCUUCCUCGAUAUUGUGGCUUGUCUUGUAGUGGUAGUGGUGAUUGCUCGGGCUUCUCGUCCUAGAUUAAAGAAUGGCCUUCCUCUCCCACCUUCCCCUCCCAAUUGGAGACUUAUGGGACACUUCCUUCCCACUCGCAACUCAUUUCUCACUGUAGCGAAAUGGAUUGACGAGUACGGUCCUCUAAUUACCAUUCGCACAGGAACUGAGACAGUUGUUAUUAUCGGCCGCUACAAAGCUGCGGUGGACAUUAUGGAGAAGCGGGGCGGAGUGCUGGCUGAUCGUCCUUCCAUGAGUGCUGGACAAAUGCUUACCGGUGGAUUGACCAUCGCAUUUGCACGCGCUGGGGACAGAUUUCGUCGGAUACAUAGAGCACUUCAUACGCAUCUCCAGCCUAAAGCAGCUGAGGCUUAUGCUGUGACGACGGUUUUGACAGUGGCAUAUGGGAAGGCUACGCCCACGUCUGCAGCUGAUCCCGAAGUUAGAUCGGUUCGUCAGCUCAUGAGUGUAUUUCGGACAGUCCUGCGCCCUGGCGCUUACUGGGUGGACACGAUCCCCUGGCUCAGAUGCGUUGCUUGGUACGGCAGAAAUUUUAAAAGGGAGUUUGAGAGCAACCGGAAACUUUUCGCUAUCUUCCAGAGCGAUGUGGACGUCGGUCCUUCGUUCGGGAGAUAUUUGCUAGAAAAUGAACAUCUCCUUGGCUUGUCAGAGUUAGAGAUGCAUUUUCUUUCUGGCACCUUUUUUGCAGCUGGAAGCGAUUCGUCUGCGGCAGCGAUAUGCACGGUCCUAAUGGCAGCUGCAUGUUUUCCCGAGGAGCAAGCUAAAGUUCAGGCUGAGUUUGAUGAAGUCGUAGGAAGGCACAGAGCACCAACCUUCGCUGACCAACAAGCCCUUCCUCUGCUGUCGGCUUUCAUCUCCGAGGCUUUGAGAUGGAGACCGCUGGGUCCCAAUGGGUUUCCUCACCGAACAACUAAAGACGUGAUUUGGGAAAACUAUUGCAUUCCCGCCGGGACUACGGUUCUCGGUAGCCAUUGGGCCAUCUCGCGAGAUUCAGAAGUUUACCCUGAUCCUGACGUGUUCAAGCCUCAGCGCUGGAUUGAUGAUCAAGGUCAUUUGAGAGACGAUCUCGCAUUUUUCAUCUAUGGGUUUGGUCGGCGCGUAUGCCCCGGUCUACACCUUGCGAACCGAUCGGUGUGGAUCAACUCGGUCCUUCUUUUUUGGGCAUUCCGGCUCACUCUAGAUCCUACGAAGCCAUUGGAUGACGUGGGUUUCAUGCGUGUGGCGAUGCCACAUGUCUCUUGCCCUAUCGUAUUUACACCGAGGGUUCCAGAUGCGGAGCUCAGGCGCAUCAUGUGUAUUUAUCCUGAAGUCGAAUGA